AUGCUGCUUUACUUUGAAUACGCGCAGCAGCAGCAGCAGCAAGAACAGCAGGAACAGCAACAACAGCACACGCAGCAGCAGCACCAACAGCAGCGACACCAACAGCAGCACCAGCAGCUGCAACGCCAGCAGCACCAUCAGCAACAGCAGCCCUUGCAACUGCAGCAGCAACAGCAGCUGCUGCAACAGCAUCCACAGCAACAACAACAACAACAGCAGCAGCAGCAACAGCAGCAACAGCAACCGCAGCAGCAGCAAGAGCAGCAGCAACAGCGGCAGCAGCAGCAACAGCAGCAGCAGCAACAGCAGCAGCUCACGGUUUUUGCGGGUAUCCCAUGA